CAGAGGCUUCCCAACACGAUGCAAUUCGUAAUAUUUCUUCGAGGCUAUACGACUCUGAGAUUGCGGCCACUUCGUGGUCCCCGUCGGAUGAAUUUACAAAGAUUCUGGAGAAACAUUUCCGCCGAAAAUUGACAUUUGAUCAAGUAUGCGACAUAUUAGAGGAACAAGCUGUUCCUUCAGUUGAUACUCUUGUAGCUCCAACUCUUGACCCUUCCAUGCUUGAAUAUGUCGCGGUUCAAAACAAAAAAUUCAUACAAGAACGCGACAAAGAGAUCACAGUUAUUCAACGUGCUAUGCUUAACGCUACCGGCCCAUUAGGCACAUUGCAUGAUCAACUCAGGCAGGAUAAUAACCUCAAAUCUGAAGAUCUCAAAUUAAUAUUGGAACAAACUCUUUGUCUCCUGGGUUCUGCAAAUACACAUUUGUCUGUAUUACGUCGCAAGAAAGUACUUGCCAUCAACAAAUCCAAAAUCGAGUUAGCUACUCGACCACUGCCAAAUGCUAAGAAAUAG